CUGGUCACUCUAGCGAACUCCCAAUAUCGCACGCCCAGCAACAAUUGACCUGACAUCUGACCAGACCAGACGACCACCUGUAGCGCCUUCACGACCAGCCCGUGUGCCCAUCCCUUUGGUUGUCACAUACGUCCGCCGUCCGACCAUUUUCCCCCAUCGCGACCAGCCCUCGCGCUUCCCUGCGGCAUCCGCUGCUUGCCGCGCUGCUCCCCGCCGUCCCUCCCGCGGACUGCACCUUCCGCACGCCCCGCGUCUUCCGCUUCCUCGUGGCCGCUCCAUCUAGCAACCGCUUUUCCCGCCGGUCGCUUUCGACCCCGCUUCCUCCACUCAUCGCCCUACACGUGGCAGCGUCAUCGCGUCGCCCUCUCCGCAUCGUAGGCGUGUUACCUCAGAGCACCUCGAUUUUCAGUCAGCUCAGUACACGCGACUUGUCUUCUCACCAAGCCACGUCGACGGUCGGUUAGCUGUCUGGUUGACCAGGUCUGCCGGUGACCGUCAUCUCUGCCGGCGACCGUCAGUGAGCAUGAGGGCGCUGGUAGCAGUGAAGCGAGUGAUUGACUAUGCCGCCAAGAUCCGAGUCAAGGCGGACGGGUCCGGAGUGGAGAAGGCGAGUGUGAAGAUGUCGAUGAACCCCUUCUGCGAGAUAGCGGUGGAGGAGGCCAUCCGGCUGAAAGAGAAGGGCGCCAUCAAAGAGGUUGUGGCUGUCAGCCUGGGCGUGCAGCAGUGCCAAGACACCCUUAGAACGGCCCUGGCAAUGGGGGCGGACAGGGCGGUACUGGUGAAGGUGGAGCCUGCACAGGAGGAGGCACUGGAGCCGUUGAUCGUGGCGAAGCUGCUCAAGGGGAUUGCAGUGAAGGAAACAGCCGACCUGGUGUUCCUUGGCAAGCAGGCGAUCGACGACGACUGCAACCAGACGGGUCAAAUGCUCGCUGCGCUGCUGGACUGGCCGCAGGCCACCUUCGCGUCCAAGGUAGUCCUGGACGCCGCGGCAAAGAGCGCUCUGGUGACUCGGGAGGUUGACGAUGGGCUCGAGACAGUCAGCAUCAAGCUGCCAGCUGUCAUCACUACCGACCUGCGCUUGAACGAGCCACGCUACGCCACUCUCCCCAACAUCAUGAAGGCCAAGAAGAAGCCCAUAGCAGUGCUUUCGCCAUCAGAUCUCGGCCUUGACCUCGCAGACCCGGCCAGCCGCAGGGUGCAGGUGGUGCAGGUGAAGGAGCCGCCUCAGCGGGUGGGGGGGCGCAUUCUGCAGAGUGUGGACGAGCUGCUGGACAAGCUCAAGAACGAGGCCAAGGUCUUGUAACGAGGACAAGGCUUACAGCAAAGGGAUGGACAGGGUGGGUGGUGCAUGCCGGCUUCGUUGAUCAACCUCUUAAGGUUCAGAUGGCAUACAAUGCCUUUGGUGGUAGAAAUUAAUGAUGAAGCAAGAGAUCAUUCUAUAACAUAAGACAUGCACAAGUGGCGAAAAAUAUACUAGCACCUCUAGCAUGCACAGAACCUAAACUGGCCUCUAAUGCUGCCCAUGCACAUGCAGCACGUCCAAUUCCAAGAGAGCUGUGUUAAAAUUAUAUAAGUUAUAUAUCAUUGA